ACCCCGUCAGGAGCCGCGUAGGGGUAAUCCAAGAUGGCGGCGCCCAUGCACCGUUGCUGGACACGGUUGCGGUCUCUGACCUUGGCAUGGCCAGCCGCCGGUUAUCAUGCCAGGCCACGGGUUUGGGGUGUGGGAGGGGUUUACAAGCCAGACCCUAACGACCCCAAAACAAAAGAGUGGCAAAAAGGCCCAGCGUAUGAAGCCAAGCUGUACGGUCGGCAUGGCGCUGCCUCUGGCGUGAACCCAGCACAGCUGUGGCCGAGUCCCGAGCGUCUCCAGCAGUUGGAGGCGGAGGAAAAGGAAUGGUACCCGAGCCUCCAGGAGAUGCUGGACAGAGUGGAGGCCAAGGAGAGGGAGCUACAGAAGGCGAAGGAAGAGAAGGAGCGAAUCGUCGCUGCGAACUUGGCCAAGAUGCCACAAAUGGUAGCGGACUGGCGCAGGGAAAAGCGGGAGCUGAGGAUGAAGCAGCGAGAAGAGAAGGAACGGAGAGAAAGGCUUUUGGCUCAAGCCCGGGAGAAAUUUGGUCUCCAUGUGGAUUAUCGAAGUCCAAAAUUCCAGGAGAUGGUGAAAGAGCUCGAGAAACAAGAAAAAAAGAGGAAGAAGUUGCUGAAGAGACAGAUGAGGGAGGAAGCUGCAGCAGGAGUUUCUGCCGCGGCAUCUGGGCCAGCCACAGAAGGAGCAUCCUAAUACUGUGACUGUAACAAAUCAGCCGCUACACCCUAUUGGCUGCAGGGGCGAAAAAACACAGCGUGCCCAUCCAUACAGACAGUAACCUCUUGUCACUCGUGUAGUCCCUGUUCUGCCAGAUAAUGUGUUUAGUGGCUUCAAUUAAUUAAACACAGGAGUUACUAGA